AUGUCCUACAAAAGACAGAAAAUAGCAACCAUUCCUCGCAGUAUGGACGAAAGCUCUUUUGAUGUUCCCUUACCUCCCAGAAUUCUGUCCGAACGAGACAACGUCCCGCUACUUCACAAUGUUCCACCUACAAUGAUUCCCAUAGUACAAGAGCCGUCAUCAGUAGAGGAUUUUUUUACAGAUUUGACGACAGAUAUGUCUGAUCACAGGAGAUCUGCCCAAAUUAGUGGAAUUGUAAAUAGGUUUCCUCCUCCUCUUCCUCCACUAUUUCCAAGGGCUCAGUUACAACAACAGGAUGAUUAUGACGAGUAUGGUGAUCCCAUAGAUAAAGGUGGAAUAUUUGUUCCUUUUAUCUUUCCACCACCUCCAAAACCCGCUGGAGUUCUGGAAACAACUCCAGCAGCAGAGAAUUUAUCUGGUAAUCAGGUGUCUCCGCUUUCAGAUUUUGUAUAUUUGCAAGUCCCCCCGCUUCCCUUUCCUCCCCCAAACUACAUGCCAUAUCCCAUUAAUGCGGACAAGUCUACUUUGACACCUCACGAAGUAUUUGGUGCUUUUAUAGACGCGAACGAAGAGUUGCCCAGAAUAGAUAUGGUUGUAGCCAGCGCUGCAGGUUCCUUGUUUGACAUGAAAGCUCAAGCCAGUGAGGAAGGAUUCACUAUCCAGCAGUUUGAAGAGACCCAAAAGCAGAAGAUGUUGACUAAAUCUCGAAGGGGACGUAGAAAAAAUACUUCAGAAGGUGAAGAGUACGACGAAAAUCUUUCCAUGAACGAAGGUUACAGUGAAUAUGUGGACUAUGUUCGUAAGAUCGAUACAAGGAACUACUACGAUCAAUACGACAAGACGAAACAGUCCAACAGCUACGAGUUGAGCUCCAGGCUGUCAGAGUUUGCUGAGAUAAAACAAAGGACUAGUAAUGUCAAGUCCAAAAGAGAUGCUAGUAUUUUAUCCAAUAAAGAAGACAAAGAAUACUCCAGUGCUGACUUGCUAUCAACAGAUGGUCAACAGUCUGAGGGCUGGAAGAGCUUCCUUCCUAUAUCUACAUCAAAGGUGUUAUCCAACACAAACAAAGAUAUACUGUCAGCUAACGGAUCCAAUAAGGAAAAAAGGCGAUUGGACUUGGUGCAGUACAGACAAGAAUUGGAGGAGUAUGAAAAGAGCCAACGAUUUGAGAUAUACAGAGCCAAAAAGAUGCAAUUGCUAGAACGAUUGAAGAAUCUCCAGGAGUCCAAGAUUUCGUUCACAAAUUUAUCCAUUAAGGAUGAGGAAUUACAGCGAUACAAAGACAACUUGGACAUUGAGCGGGACGAAGAGUUGGUGCGGUUGAAGCUCGUAGAGAAUUACGAAUUGUUGAAGAACUCCUUAACGUUCUACCAGGACUCAAAUCGAGUUUACAAGCAUUUAAACACCGUCUUGAUUAACAAGUUAGAGAAACUCAAGAAUUUCUUUGAAUACCAGAGAGACUUAUUUAUCAAUCGCUUGAACAAUAGCAAUGCUGAUGUAUAUGAUAUUAAGUCUAAGGAUGCUGGAAGAUUAUACAGUGGAAUAUCGACUCGAGACUUUGGCACUGAAAUCAAGCAGACGAUCAAGAAGUCGUUGUUCAACGAGCCAGCACGUAAAGAAGACGGCGUCCUCGUCCAUGACUACAUGGCACUAAUCACACCAGCCGAAUUUGAUAUCAUCACUGGUGAUUUACCUGUCAAGGCUAAAGGACCUGGAUCAAAAGAAAGCAAGCAAUCCACCAGUGCUAAGCAUAAGAUCUUCCAGAACUCUUUAUAUGAAAAGAUUACCUCUGGUUCUGAUACAAAUGCUUCUGACAGCAACAGCAGCGUUGGCUCCGGCCCCAAGAGAAGGGGACGUAGAGCCAAUGUUCCUCCUACAGCUACUGGAGGACCCCCUCCUGGUGGAGACAGAAUAAAAGGUGAUGGUCCUGAUUACAAAUAUUCGGAAGCUGCAUUACUCGCCAAGAUCAUGAAACAAUUCAAUGGUCCACAAGCUGCAAGACCUGAUGAAUUGAACUAUGACUUGGAUAUGAUGGGAGUGAGAACUAGAUGGCCAGUCCCAAGGUAA